AUGAAUAGAAUGGAAGAAUUUCUUAAAAUUGUUUAUAAAUAGUUUUAAUAGACUGAAUUUAACCUAGGUAUCAAAUUCAGAAGAAUCCUAUAAAAAUCUUAAAAUACUAGCUGGUACUCUCAAUUGAAUGGCUUUCAACAAAGAAGAACACUUUCCAGAACGAUACCAGGUAUCAUUUAUUCAACUAAUGUAAACCUAGAUACAACUAAAUAAGUUUGGCAUACUUCAUCAGUCAUUACUUUAUAAACAUCAAAAUGAU